AUGGGUGAGGGAAAUUGCACUGCUCUGACAGACUUCAUUCUUCUUGGCUUGUCAGACAUCCCUGAAUUGAAAGUCUUGCUCUUCCUGAUAUUUCUUCUCAUCUAUGGAGUCACAGUUUCAGGCAACCUGGGCAUGAUUGCGCUGAUCUGUGUGAGUUCCCGUCUUCACACCCCCAUGUACUUCUUCCUCAGUCACUUAUCCUUUGUGGAUUUCUGCUACUCCACAGUCAUCAUGCCCAAGAUGCUGGCUAAUAUUUUCAAGGAAGGCAAAACGAUUUCCUUCCUGGAGUGCAUGGUGCAGUUCUACCUGUUUUGCACAUGUGUGGUGACUGAAGUCAUCCUGCUGGCGGUGAUGGCUUACGACCGCUUUGUGGCCAUCUGCAACCCUCUGCUCUACAUGGUGGUCAUGUCCCGCCAUCUGUGUGUGGGACUGGUGUCUUGCUGCUACCUCUGCGGGACAGCGUGCUCUCUGAUACACUUGUGCUUGGCUCUUGAGAUCCCGCUGUACAGAUCGAGCGCCAUCAACCACUUCUUCUGCGACCUGCCCCCUCUCCUGGCUCUCGCUUGUUCUGAUGUCAGGAAGAACGAGCUGCUGCUCUACAUCGUGGCCUCUUUCAACGAGAUGAGCACCAUCGUCGUCAUCCUGGCCUCCUACUCGUUCAUUCUCAUCACCGUCCUGAGGAUGCCCUCUGCGGAGGGCAGGCGCAAAGCCUUUUCCACCUGUGCCUCCCACCUCACUGCCAUCCUUGUCUUCCACGGGACCAUCCUUUUCAUCUACUGCCGGCCCAGCUCUGGCGACAUGACGACGGAUACUGACAAGGUGGCCACGGUGUUCUACACGGUAGUGAUCCCCAUGCUGAACCCCCUGAUCUACAGUCUGCGGAACAAAGAUGUGAAAGAAGCUCUCGGGAAAGUGCUGACCUCCAAGCUAUUUUCAUAGGUUGAUCUUUCUUUUCUAUUUUUCUUUUUCUUUCUUUCUUUCUUUCUUUCUUUCUUUCUUUCUUUCUUUCUUCCUUCCUUUCUUUCUUAAAAAAAAAACUACUUUAAUAAUGAUUAACAGGAUGGUAGGAUAAGAGGGGUACAAUUUCACACAAUUCUCACCACCAGAGU